CAUUCGCCCCCAAUCCCGCCUGUAGUCGUGAUAAAAAUAUACCACUCACAGGCCGAUAACGACUACAGUCGUGGUUUGUUUACCUAGUUCAAUGGCCGAUCCCGUCUGUACUCGUGGUCGACACCACUCUGAAAGAACCGCUCCGAUUGGUUAUUUCUUAGGGGAUUUCCAGAAUUUAAAGAAUACUGUCCAAUAGAAAAGGGUUUAACGUUUCAUUGUGUGAAAUUUAUUUAUUCGUAGUGCAAAGGUUACGCCGUAUUUAGACAUUCUUGUUACACGUGUGUACGCGCGGUUUUCAAUAAAAAUGUUAAAACAAUGGCUGAAAUUUUUGAUAGUAGCGAGAGUGAAAGUGAGUUUGAUGGCUUUGAAUUACGGGAUAUAAAUGCUGCAGAAGAAAGAUAUUUGCAGCAUAUUGAUGCAUUGAAUAAUAUUGAUUCUGAUAUCGAAUUUUCAGACGUCGAUUCUGAUGAAAAUGAAGGUUUUAAUAGCGAUGAUGACAAUGUUGCACUUGCCGAAAUUGCAAGAUGGGGUGAUGAACUUCGGCCGGUUCAAAUAAAUGAUUUUACAGGUCCACGGCCCGGUCCGACCACGCAAAUGGACAAGGAAAAGACGGAGAUAGAUUUUUUUCAUUUAAUUUUCCCGGAGAGACUUUAUUCGGAAAUAGCAACACAAACCAAUGCUUACGCAAACGGGAGGCAAAAUGAAAAUUGGACUCCAACUACUAGUGAUGAAAUCAAAGCAUACUUAGGGGGUCAGAUUGUUAUGGGAAUCAUACCUGUCCCCAAUAUGGAUAUGUAUUGGUACAAGGAUAAACUUUUUCAUGCUUCUAGUCUUGAGGAAAAAUUUUCAAGAAACAGAUAUGAGGAGUUACAAAGAUAUCUCCAUGUGGCAGACACCACACAAAAUCCACCCCGACUUCAACCCGGACAUGAUAAACUGGCCCAUGUUAGACCAAUUCUCGAAAUAAUUCGUGAUAAAUCCCUUCAAGAAUACAAACCACAUAUGGAAGUAUCCAUUGACGAAGCGAUGAUUGGUUUUAAUGGCAGGUUGGGGUUCAAACAAUAUGUUCCCUUGAAGCCUACAAAAAGGGGGAUCAAAGUUUGGGUUCGAGCAGAUCCAACUAAUGGUUACAUAAAUGACUUUCAAGUUUAUACUGGAAAGACAGCCAAUAACCCAGAACAAAACCUUGGCAAAAGAGUUGUUCUAGAUCUUAUGACCCCUGUGUUUGGGUUGGGUCAUCAUCUUUAUUGUGAUAGUUUCUUCACUUCACCAGAUUUAUUUAUAAAUUUAUGGGAGCACGGUACUUAUGCGUGUGGCACGGUUAGAGCAAACCGUAAAGGAUUACCUGCUGGUUUAGACCGUAUCAAACUCAAAGAACAAGGCCAGUUUGUUGUCAAGCAAAAAAAUUAUAUGCAAGUCACAGUUUGGAGGGACAAGAAAAACAUUAACUUAUUAUCAACAAACUGUUUUGGUGAACCCGACAAAGUCAAUCGUAAGCAAAAAGAUGGUACCAUCAAAGAGGUACCUUGUCCUCUGUCAGUCAAACAUUAUAACAUGUUCAUGAAUGGGGUAGACCAUGCAGAUCAGUUGAGGUCUACCUACAACAUCUCCAGAAAGUGCUUGAAAUGGUGGAAAUACCUCUUCAACUUCCUUGUGGACAUCAGUAUUGUCAACGCAUACCUUCUUAUGAGGGAGUCUGUCAAUCACCAAAUAGUGACAAAAAAGAACAGGCCACGUCAAAUGACUCAGCUAGAGUUUAGAAUGAAACUAGCUCACCAAAUGCUAGGACAAUUUCAUGGGAAAAGGAAACGGUCAGUCGAUCCAAGACCAGUACUCCAACCAAGUAAUCAUUGGAUCGAAAAUAUGCCAAAGAAGAAGACAUGCAAAAUGUGCUCACAAAAUAAAAUUAGAAAGGAACCCAAAACUGGGUGUGCUCAGUGUAAAGUAAAUUUGUGCACAGAAUGUUUUAGGCCAUAUCACAGGAAAUUAUUCCCACAGUUGUUCUUGUAAAUAGAGGAUAUAUUCAUUGAGAUUCAUAUAUUUUUUGGAAUAUUUUUGGAAUAUUUUUACUUACCUGGAUAAAUAUGUGAUUUAUUCUGUAUAUAUUUUGAUAAAAUUUAUAUGUGUGGAAAGACAAUUUUUUCUUCUUUAUUCACUGAAAUUUUUAUGGAUUAAUGUUGGAUAAUUACUGAGCAAUCAAGGUAAAUAUCAUGCAUGUGCAUGUCUGAUAGUAGAAAAGUUAAUUAGAUAAAAAUGCUCUGGGGCACAGCCUGAUAACUGAUACUGGCUUAUCACUGUUGCAGUGUAAAUAUACUGUUGGGGGUGAAUG